GCAUUGCGGAAGGUGAUGACGGAUGCCCAGCUGUUUGGUGGCACUACGAGGAUGCAGAUGAGAGGCACCCAGGUGCGGGCUUGAUUGAAGGUUGGGAAGCCUUGCGCGACGACAUGACAGAGACAGGUGAGCGCAGAGAUCUUGCGGUGCUUCGUCAGAGGCUCCGUGCGACAGAGCCGUGCUGGAUUGAAACCCAGAGUGGCCCGACCCUGCUUGGAAGCACCAGAGGUCAAGCAGAGUUCGAGAAGCUUCGGGCUUUGGAACAGCUGCUAAAGAAAGAUGGCUAA